GGCCUAAAGCAGUUUUAGCCAUAAGCAUUUAACAGUAUACUAUACUUAGUCACUUGUAGAUUUAAUUAUAGACGACCGGAGUCAACUUAAGAUCGAAUUCUGUAGUUUUCGAAAACUAGACAUCUCAAGUUAUUCAUAAUCUUCAUUUCUUAUCUUUCCGUUCGUGAUGUAAAAAUAUUGUGAUCUGUUUGGUAUUGAAUAGUCUCAGUAAACGCGGCAAAAAAAAUAUUAUAAGACAAUUUGGUAACUCUUUAAAAUAUACUCCUUCCACUCAAACGUUUUGGGUGAAUACAGAAGAUUCAUUAUUGUCAAAUAUAGUGUCAUAGCUGCCAUACCAAACUGCUCGACCAAUGGCGGACUCCAGAUGCUGUUUCGGGUGUUCUAACGUGCGCAAGGGUGCGUGGGUGAUAUCAAUUUUCGACAUGUUAAUUUGUAUAAUACUCACGGUGCGAGCUAUUACUACGCUAAACAUCACCCCAUAUUCGCAUUCAUCAUACCAUGUAAAAGCGUAUUCUUCGUAUGAUGAUGGAUCAUCUAUCUCCAGCGACCAUCGGGUUCAACCAUUGGAAAAAGAUUUCAACCUAUUUAGUCAACUAUUUAUUAUUUUUCUAUUUUUCUAUGUCAAUUUGAACCUAAAGAAGGCCACUUUUAUACGUAACGCUCAAAGUAUCAGUCAGUGGUUGGUGAUUAACUCAAUAUUUUUUGUUUUCUUUGUUCUCUUUAUUGGUUUUACUACAGUCAAAAAUGCAUCACCUGAUAUAAUUCCUAUUGGAAUUCCUGUAAGCAUUGUUGUAGUGUACCAGAUUUAUGUGGUGAAAUGUUUCCAUGAUGAUGAACUUAAUGCUAUAACUCCACCUACAUUGCAUACCACACCAUAUGUAACCAUAACCAGUCAAACCCUUCAGACCCCAGUCUAUCCUGUUCAAGGUGGACCUUAUGUUAUUCAACAAGUCCAUCAGCCCAUUACACAAGCUCCUUAUCCUCAGCAAACGUACCAGUAUCAGCCACAACAGCAAACUUCUUCUCAGUCCCACGUGACUAUGCCUGUGCCAAGCCAACAAAGCCUUCAGGAAUAUUGUAACCCACCGCCGUAUUCACCAAGUUAUAAUACACAAGAAGGCCCUUCCGUGAAACAAUAAUUAUACACUAAAAUUAUUCAAUUCAUUAUCUUAUACAAUUAAUCCAAAACUUUUUUAUUAUGAUAUGUACAUUUCUGACUAUCUUGUAUGUGUUAUGUGUUGAAAAGUACAAAUUGUUUAUUGUAUACAA